UCUACUAAAGGAUUUGUCUUCCGAGAGAUUUCUUCAGUUCGAGCAAGCGCAAACAAAUUUGCAUCCUUUUACUUCUCAUCAGAUGGAAAGCUACUUGCUACUGGGGGUCAUGCUAAGAAGGCACUCAGCAUAUGUUAUGUCAUUGGAUUUUUACGCUAUCAAGGUUGACGUAAUGUGUUCUUGUGAUGGGUAUAGUGAGAUAAUAUUCUGGAGUAUCAACAACGGAGGAAUUGUCCAAAAUUUCAAGGGAGGUUCGAGACAUCUGAGAUUUCAGCCACGUCCUGGUGGACAUCUUGCAGCAGCUUCAGAGAAUGAUGUGAAACCGCAAGCUUGUGUGAGGAGAUUUGAGGGUCACACCAAGGGUUCACUGUGUUGGGACUCAUCUGGGAAUGUAUUGUAUCUACCAUUGAGGAGGAUGCAGUAAAGUCUGUUGAGCUGUGUCGCUGUGCAUGGCGCUAAUCUCUGCCUUGGCCUUGGCACCCUGGUCUGGCUGCUUCUGUAAACCAUGACAAGCAUGUCAAGCUGUUGAAAUGAACCGAUUCGAAGUUGUGAUCCACAAAUGUAAAUGGGCCCUUUUUUGUCGCAGUCGUUGUGUGCCUACCGGUCUGCUGCGCUGGUGAUGGACAAUCUAGAUACAGUAUAUUCCCCAACGCAUGCAGCACAUUGCUCAACUGUACAUACGGAGUAGAAUCUUUUGCUAACGGCUAACCCAGUGACUCCAGGAGGGUGGAUUGCUAGUGGUACCUGAUGAUAUAGUAUCAGUUUGACACCUGCAUCCUGAAAUCUGAAAUAUUUAUGGUCUGAAAGACUUGCUUCC